UUGAAAUGUAAAUUGUGCAAUGACUUGUAGCCCGUCAAUUACGAAAUGAAUUUUAAUUCGUUGGUAUAUACUUACACGAACAGUGACUCAUUGACUUCCAAGUCGUUCUAAUUCUACCCGUGUUUUACAAGCUGAGAAUUAAACUCAGCAAGACUUGUAGUGAAACUCAGCAAGACUUGUAGUGAUUCACUGCAAUAUAAAACUAUAACUGCACAAGUAAUCAAUAACAAAAACAAACAACUGAAAUCUUUUAUCCUUCAAGAUGAUUCCCAGAAUAUUUUAUUUCCUUCAGUUUUUCACUCUCUUCACUGUUACUUUUGCUUCCACUGAGGAAGCAACUGCUCUCCUCAAAUGGAAAGCAACUUUCCUAAACCAAAAUAAUUCCUUAUUGGCUUCAUGGACACUAAGUACUGAUUCAUGCAGGGAUUGGUAUGGAGUUAUGUGCUUUAAUGGUCGGAUAAACAGGCUGAAUAUUACGAAUUCUAGUGUUGUUGGUACACUCUAUGAUUUUCCAUUUUCAUCUCUCCCGUUUCUUCAAUAUGUUGAUCUUAGCAUGAACCAGUUUUCUGGUAUCAUCCCCCCUGCAAUAGGAAACCUCACUAAUCUUGUCUAUCUUGACUUGUCGUCUAAUAAGUUUUCAGGCAAAGUCCCACCUCAAAUCGGCUCACUAUCCCAUAGUAAACUUUCUGGUUCAAUUCCUGCAGAAAUAGGGAAAAUGAAGUCACUUGAGAAUUUAUUUUUACAGAGUAAUAAUCUUUCUGGUUUGCCUGGCCUCAAAAUUCUCUACCUUUAUUCUAACCAACUUUCUGGUCCCAUUCCUAAUGAGUUGGGAAAUUUGAAAAACCUCAAUGAUAUGGCGCUAUCCGAUAAUCAGCUUAGUGGUUCAAUUCCAACCACUUUAGGCGAUUUAAUGGAGCUUGAAACUCUCUACCUUUAUUCUAACCAACUUUCUGGUCCCAUUCCUAGUGAGUUGGGGAAUUUGAAAAAUCUCAAUGAGAUGGAGCUAUCCGAUAAUCAGCUUAGUGGUUCAAUUCCAACCACUUUAGGCGAUUUAAUUGGCCUCAAAAUUCUGUACCUUGAUUCUAACCAACUUUCUGGUCCCAUUCCUACUGAGUUGGGGAAUUUGAAAAACCUCAAUGAUAUGGAGCUAUCCCAUAAUCAGCUUAGUGGUUCAAUUCCAACCACUUUAGGCGAUUUAACUGGCCUCAAAAUUCUGUACCUUCAUUCUAACCAACUUUCUGGUCCCAUUCCUACUGAGUUGGGGAAUUUGAAAAACCUCAAUGAUAUGGAGCUAUCCCAUAAUCAGCUUAGUGGUUCAAUUCCAACCACUUUAGGCGAUUUAACUGGCCUCAAAAUUCUGUACCUUUAUUCUAACCAACUUUCUGGUCCCAUUCCUAGUGAGUUGGGGAAUUUGAAAAAUCUCAAUGAGAUGGAGCUAUCCGAUAAUCAGCUUAGUGGUUCAAUUCCAACCACUUUAGGCGAUUUAAUUGGCCUCAAAAUUCUGUACCUUGAUUCUAACCAACUUUCUGGUCCCAUUCCUACUGAGUUGGGGAAUUUGAAAAACCUCAAUGAUAUGGAGCUAUCCCAUAAUCAGCUUAGUGGUUCAAUUCCAACCACUUUAGGCGAUUUAACUGGCCUCAAAAUUCUGUACCUUCAUUCUAACCAACUUUCUGGUCCCAUUCCUAGUGAGUUGGGAAAUUUGAAAAACCUCAAUGAUAUGGCGCUAUCCGAUAAUCAGCUUAGUGGUUCAAUUCCAACCACUUUAGGCGAUUUAAUGGAGCUUGAAACUCUCUACCUUUAUUCUAACCAACUUUCUGGUCCCAUUCCUAGUGAGUUGGGGAAUUUGAAAAAUCUCAAUGAGAUGGAGCUAUCCGAUAAUCAGCUUAGUGGUUCAAUUCCAACCACUUUAGGCGAUUUAAUUGGCCUCAAAAUUCUGUACCUUCAUUCUAACCAACUUUCUGGUCCCAUUCCUACUGAGUUGGGGAAUUUGAAAAACCUCAAUGAUAUGGAGCUAUCCCAUAAUCAGCUUAGUGGUUCAAUUCCAACCACUUUAGGCGAUUUAACUGGCCUCAAAAUUCUGUACCUUCAUUUUAACCAACUUUCUGGUCCCAUUCCUAGUGAGUUGGGGAAUUUGAAAAACCUCAAUGAGAUGGAGCUAUCCGAUAAUCAGCUUAGUGGUUCAAUUCCAACCACUUUAGGCGAUUUAAUUGACCUCAAAAUUCUGUACCUUCAUUCUAACCAACUUUCUGGUCCCAUUCCAAACGAACUUGCAUAUUUGGAUAACUUGGUUUCCCUGUCAAUGUCUUACAAUGACUUUUCAGGCCAGUUGCCAGAGCGGCUUUGCCAAGGUGGGAAACUUGAGAACUUAACAGUCAAUAGUAACAAUCUUACAGGGCCAAUCCCAAGAAGCUUGAGCAAGUGCUGGAGUUUGAAAAGGGUUCGCUUCAAUAACAACAGUUUUAGUGGGAAUUUAUCUGAUGCAUUUGGCAUCCAUCCAGAGCUUCUGUUCAUUGAUUUGAGUGACAAUGAUUUUCGUGGUGAACUCAGCAGCAACUGGGGGAAAUGCAAAAAAUUGACUGAUCUGCGGAUAGCCAGAAAUAACAUUGGUGGCAGCAUACCGCCAGAAAUUGGAAACAUCAAAGGGCUUCUAGGACUAGAUCUUUCAUCGAAUCAUUUGAUUGGGCAGAUUCCAAAGGAAUUUGGAAAAUUAACCUCUCUGGUUAAUCUUUUUGUGCAAAACAACUAUAUUUCAGGCAAUAUACCUCGGGAACUUGGGUCACUGAUAAAGUUAGAGUCCCUCGAUCUGUCAGACAACAGAUUGAAUGGGUCGAUCCCAACGUUUAUAGGAGAUUUCAUGCACUUGUUUCAGUUGAACCUGAGCAACAACAAAUUUGGCCAAAAUAUUCCAAUGGAGAUAGGGAGGAUAACUCAGCUUAAUGUACUUGAUUUGAGCCAUAAUCUUCUGGUUGGAGAUAUGCCCCCUCAGUUAGCCAAUUUGAAGGUGUUGGUAAACUUAAAUCUUUCCCACAAUGGCCUAUCUGGGCGCAUUCCGGAAGAACUCGAAAGUUUGACUGGUUUGCAGGAUGUCGUAUUGUCAUACAAUGAGUUGGAGGGUUCAAUCCCAAAUAAUAAAGCUUUUAUGAAUGCUUCAUUAGAAGGUAAUAAAGGUCUUUGCGGCAAUGUAACUGGACUUCAGCCCUGCAAAAGACCAUCUUCUGUGGUGAAGAAGCACUCAUUGGCGAAGGGACGUAAACUCAUCCUCAUCACUGUACUUCCUGUUAUGGGAGCACUAGUUCUACUCUGUGUUUUCAUUGGUGUUCCGUUUAUGUGUGAUAAAAGAAGGAAAAUUGGAGAUGUUGAAAGAAGGGAUGAUGGUUGGCUUUCAAUAUCCAUGUUAGAUGGAAAGGCAUUGUACAGGGACAUCUUAAACGCCACAGAAGAGUUUGAUGCAAAAUUUUGCAUCGGGCAGGGAGGACACGGAAGCGCUUACAAGGUAAACCUUCCAUCAUUAGGGAAUAUAGCUGUGAAGAGACUUCAUUCUUCAUUUGAGAAUGCACAUCCCAAAAGCUUCAUGAAUGAGGUAAGGGCAUUGACUGGGAUCAAGCACCGGAACAUUGUGAACCUCUACGGCUAUUGUUCGAAUGCACAUCACUCAUUCUUGGUUUAUGAGUAUGUGGAGAGGGGGAGUUUGUCUAGUAUUUUGAGCAAUGAAGUUGAGUCCAAGAAAUUGGAUUGGCUUAAAAGGGUGAAUAUCAUCAAAGGUGUUGCUUUUGCUUUAUCUUACAUGCACCAGGAUUGUUCACCACCAAUUGUUCAUCGAGACAUAUCAAGCAGUAAUGUUUUGCUUGAUUCUGAGUAUGAAGCUCGUGUUUCAGAUUUUGGCAUAGCUAAGCUUCUCAAGCCAGACUCAUCCAACUGCACUACGCUAGCAGGCACAUAUGGCUAUGUUGCACCUGAGCUUGCAUAUACUAUGAAGGUUACGCAAAUGUGUGAUGUGUAUAGCUUUGGAGUAUUAUCAUUGGAGAUAAUCAAAGGAAAGCAUCUUGGGGAAUACAUUACUGUGCUAGCAAAUUCAUCGAUUAUAGAUCAUGAGCAGCUUAGCGAUUUGCUGGAUGAACGUCUUCCAUAUCCUGAAGAUAGAGUAAAAGAGGUUUUGGUUUUUAUCAUCAAGCUAGCAUGCUCUUGUUUGCUUGAAACUCCAAAAUCAAGGCCAACAAUGCACUUCAUAUCUCAUAAGUUAUCAUCAAUGGAUGCACGUCCACAUACUCGUCAGAGAAACCCCCAUGUAAGGCGAGCUACAUAAUCCCUGAUAUGUAUCAAACUAACAUCUCAAUAAACAGAAAUCGUGGUUGUAAAAUAUUGGAGAUAUUUCACUAGAGAAAUAAAUUUUUUCUGCUUCUUUGGCCUUCAGAAAAA